AAUCUCUCUCCCUCGCUCACUUCGUCAAUCCAAUCCCCAAAACCCUCCUCACUCUCCUUCGUGUCGCAAUCAUUCGUGGGGGAGCGCGCUGUGAUCCCUCCCCGGAUUCUGUGGCAUCCAGUCUCCCUCCCCACCAGGGUUUCUUCAAGAUUGAGUAAUCACCUCCUCCUUCUCCUGCUCCGCUCCUCGCAGAUUCUUCUGUGUUGCCAUCUUGGUCGCGUUGCUUCUUCCCGAUUUGUCGUCCUCGUCGUCUCCCACCACUUGCUGGACUCGGUCCUACCCACCUGUCCUCCUCGCUUCUGUCGCCAUUGCCUCCCUCUCCCUGCUCGCGCCGCCUGCUUCUUUGGACCGAUUCGGGGCUCGUCCCUGCCGGGCGUAAAUGCCCGUCAGUGCAGAGGAUCCCGAGCUUCUCCGCUCCAAAUCUCGUCCUUGUUUUCCCCAAUUAAGAGCAGGGGAAGGUUCUUGGACACGCUCUGAUCCUUGUAGCCAUAGAUGAGGAGGCCGUUCUGAUACUUCUUGGGCAGGUUCUCCGGCUGCUCUGCUCCUGAGACCUACUGGUAUGGGCUUCUUGAUCUGUGCCUGCCUCCUCCAGCUACUCUUCUUGGGCUCUCCUCGAGUGGCGGCACAGUCGCCGGCCAGGAUCCUCGACGCAACGCUGCAGGACUACGCGUACCGGGCGUUCGUGCGCCCGCGCACUGGCAUUGUCUACAACGCCACCCUGCCGGGCAACCUCACCGGCAUUGCGGUCUCUGCGCUCCGCCUGCGCAGCGGCAGCCUCCGGCGGAAAGGCGUCGCUGACUACUUCGAGUUCGGGCUGCCCACCGGCAUCAUCGUGCAGCCGUACGUGGAGCGGGUGGUGCUCGUGUACCAGAAUCUGGGCAACUGGUCCGACUACUAUUACCCCCUCCCCGGGUACACCUACCUCACACCACUGCUGGGGCUGCUGGUCUAUGACGCGGCCAACUUGUCGGCCGUGGGAUUGCAGGAGUUGAGCAUUGUCGCGUCAGGGAGUCCGAUUUCUGUAAAUUUCAGCAAUGUCAGGCUGGUGCCGCCAGGGGCUUCAGCGCCGCGGUGUGUGUGGUUUGAUUUGGAUGGUGUGCCGCAGUUCCAGGACCCGGAGGCAACCAAUGUGUGCGCGACGUUUCGCCGAGGGCACUUAUCCAUAGUGGUGAACUCCAGUGAGAUUGCUCCUGCUCCUGCUCCUGCUCCUGCUCCAGCUCCAGCUCCAUCCGGCAUAGUUGCUCCGCCAAGACCAUCCCCGGGGGGUCGUUCGAAGGGCAGCUCGAAGGCAUGGAAGAUUGCUGUCGGUACGGUUGGGGCUGCCAUAGUGUUGGGGCUGUUGGCUUCACUUUUGCUGUGCUUGGUGAGGUAUAAAAGGGAUAAGAUGCUUCAGCAGAUGGAACGGAAUGCAGAGGUUGGGGAGACAUUGCGGAUGGCGCCGGUUGGGCGGACGCAGGCACCUGUGGCAUUGGGGACACGGACACAACCGAUGAUUGAGAACGAGUAUGCUGCAUAGUAUAUAUUUAGAGGUUUAUGCAUAGUUCUGGUAACAAGACUCGAUGGUGAUAGUUAGAGACAGGAUUGUCCAUCGGUUGGGGCAGCGAGUUUUCCAUAUCAAUGAGGGCUAUGCUAGCUGCUAAAUUCAGAGCUCAGAUUCUGCUCCAUGAGGGUUCAGCACAUUCUUUUGGUGGGUUCCUUUGCAAGCUUAGGUUUUGUAGUACAAGAGAUUGCUAUUGUUCAUGUUCAUAUGUGGGGAGUUCCUUUCAUCUCCAAGCAAACAAUGGAGGAGAAAUGUUUGACAUAUCAGAUUUGGAUUCCUCAAUUAUUUUUUUGGGUUGCUGUGUCCAAAAGAAAAUGGGUUUGGCAAUAAAGCUGAGGAUUAGAGUGCUCUAUCUCCUGAAUCCUAUGGAAUGAAAACGAAUGACCGUGUGGAUGGAGCGCAGGAAAAACACUGAAAUCAGAUGAGAGAGAUAGGCACAAAGGAAUUUUUGCGAGUGGUUGGACCUCAUGUUAGAAAUCCUCCAAAAUUCCUAUGGAACAAGCCAUAUUCCAUAUGAAUUCUUGAGGUUCAUUCCCUUGUUCCAAGGGCUUCAUAAGAAAUUUUCCCAUAGGAUUCAAUUCCUUGGAAAUUCCUCCAUUUUUCGUUGGUUCCAAAGGAGCCCUAAAGAAGGGAUGUUAAUGUAAGUAUGACCAGUCGGCAAAAUGAAUAUGAAUUGAACAAAGGGAUUCAAGAAUGCGCUGUUAGAAAAAAAAAUUCCGGAGUUUCAAUUUUUUUUUUCUCUGGUAGUAUUCUAGCUUGGUCUUCCAUUGUCAAGUUAGAUAGAGAUAUUAUAUGUUUCUUGUAGAGCUGUCGGUGGGGUUCUAGACGAUCAACGAAGAAAAGAAGAUGCAUUCAUUUGUAUAUUGAUACUAUUUGUUACGAAAUUUUCUGUGCUUAUUACUGUUCGUGGCCCAACCAAUAUUG